CAUGUGAAAGACUAGGACUUGUAAUUCUUCAUAGAGGCUUCUGGAAACGAACGCGAAAAGGCUGACCAGCGAAAAUCCUAUAAAUCAGAAAACGUAGCGGACAAAUUGAUCCUGCUGCCGCUGCAUCAUCUCUCACAUAGGUUCCACCUACACUAUUAACGAACGUUCGUUUAUAAUCGUCUGGCUUUUAGACUUUUCACACGCUGCAAACGUCGCGCUUAUUGAUUCUCUUCUCUAUCCUCCGAAACUACGUCGUUCAUACUAUAUUUUUAUCUAGAAGUUGCCGUUUUUUCUUUAGUCGUCCUAGAUUUCCUCGCGCUGGCUCCUAAUCAAUCAGAAAUGGUCAAGCAAUCCGAGGGCUGAGAUCGAUGUUCCCCCAGACCGGUCCUCGCUAUUGGCCGUUAAAAGAGAAUAUAUCGCUGUGUUUGUUCAUCAAUGGCGUGGAGGAAUUUGGUAUCAUGGUUUUCUCUUCAGAAUCUCCGUGGCUGGUUUCAGUGAGAAGGAAAAAAAACAGUGUCAGGUAUUUGUAUGAUAUGAGCAAGAGGAUCGGAGUGAAGUUUGAAGUUUGAUUUGGUGGGAUUUUUUUGGCUUUGUACAUCACCAAUAACUAUCAGUGUCGGCAAAUAUUGAAAAAGUGGUUUUAAUGCUUCAAACAGGAAACUAAUUGAUGGCUCACCUAAGCCUAAUAAUUUGGGCUCAACAGUUAGUGAAGAUAUAAAUAUCUAAUAUCUCCAUCAGCUUUUGCUCAUCAGUUGGUUGAUUUGUUCAGCAUAAUGGACAAAAUUAAAGGUGGAAGAACGCGAUUGAGAAUUUGACUUGGAGUUUCUCAUUACUUAUUAUAUCGUACCGAUGUGGGGCUUAAUCAACCAACUUAGAGAUAAUUCUAAUUAAAUGUAGAUUUUUUAUAGAAUCCGCGUAUUUGUAUCUUGGGUCUAUGGUGUUCCUUAUAUACGAAUUGCAAAGUGACCCUUGACAUGUCCUCGUGUGGUUGCAAACUCAAGAGUUUAUUGGGAAAAUUAUCCUAAUACUUUCUUAGUACAACAUAGGUAGUGCUUUUUCCAUGAGAAAAUGUUCAUAUUGCGGUAAGUGGAAGAGAGAGCAAUGUGUACAGAUAAAAACAGCUGUUUGUUGGAUGUUUAAAUAUUAUAAAUAAAGGCUAAUUAGGUGUCUUUGCAACUUCACUGGCCUGAGUUGGUUGAUCGUUUGAAUUCAGCAAGAGGGCAGAAUGAGGGAGGUGGAUCUCGGAGCACACACCAUUAGAUCUCAUGGAGCAAGAGUUGCAAGGAACCACAAGCACGACUGGCUUAUAUUAGUUCUCCUUGGAGUGAUAGUGAUAGUUCUAAACAUUAUCCACCCAUUUUACCGUUUCGUAGGAAAGGAUAUGAUGGACGACCUUAAAUAUCCUUUCAAAGACAACACGGUGCCUACCUGGUCUGUGCCGUUGUACGCAGUUUUGUUGCCCAUUGCUAUUUUUGUUUUUGUUUACAUUCGAAGGAGAGAUGUUUAUGAUUUACACCACAGCAUUUUAGGCCUGUUGUUUUCUGUUUUGAUUACUGCUGUCAUCACGGAUGCAAUAAAAAAUGCAGUUGGUCGCCCCCGGCCUGAUUUCUUCUGGCGUUGCUUUCCUGAUGGAAAGGACUUCUAUAAUCAGUGGGGAGAUGUAAUAUGUCAUGGUAAGGAUAGUGAUAUAAAGGAAGGACACAAAAGUUUCCCAAGUGGUCACACUUCAUGGUCCUUCGCUGGAUUAGGAUUUCUAUCACUGUACUUAUCAGGCAAAAUCAAAGUAUUUGAUCGGAGAGGGCAUGUGGCAAAAUUAUGCAUCAUUAUUUUGCCGCUACUUGCUGCAGCACUUGUUGGCAUAUCUCGGGUAGAUGACUACUGGCAUCAUUGGCAGGAUGUGUUUGCUGGAGCUCUUAUAGGGCUAGUUGUUUCAGCCUUUUGCUAUUUGCAGUUUUUCCCAGCUCCAUAUUGUGAUGAAGGAUGGGGGCCUUACGCAUAUUUUCAGGCGCUGGAGGAGUCACGAUCUAAUGCAACUGCAGGGCAGACUACAAAUGUACUUAAUAUGCAGGCCAUGGAUGUAGAAGCAGUGAGUUUACAACUCCGAGAAAACGGCAAUGCAUUUACGUCGUUGGAUGAGUUGGAAUCUGGUAGAAGGUAAACUUGUGUGUAUCUUGUGCGUUGCACAUAGGUGAUGUACAUUUGCGUUAGGAAGUUCCUCUGCAAAUAUUAAUUUUAAUUAAUAUUUAGCUAAAAUUAUACGAAAGCGGUGUUCAUAUUUGGAAGCUUGUCAUCAUAGUUGAUGAUAUAAGCCCAACAAUAAAAAUUGCAUUAUGUUAUUAGGAGUCUUGACCAAUCUUAUAUACGAAGCAAAUUAAUGAGUAUUAGUCAAGCAACAUAAUUUAUUAAUAUAUUUUUUUUUCAAUCACUA